AUGAAGUUCUGGAAGAUCUUGAAGAGGCAGAUUGAGCAGACACUCCCCGAAUGGCGCGACAAGUUCUUGUCCUACAAAAACUUGAAGAAACAGUUGAAGAUUAUGUGUCCUAAACAUGCUUGCACCCCUCCGAGAUUGGACGCUUACCAGGUCCACCACUUCCUUUAUCUAUUAGAAGUUGAGAUUGAUAAGUUCAACACUUUCUUUGUUAACAAGGAAGAAGAAUACAUCAUCAAAUGGAAGUUGUUGCAAGACAGAGUUGAUAGAGCCAUGGAUUACUCAGAUGCGGAGUUGAUGUCAUUAGGAAGAGAAAUAGUAGAUUUUCAUGGAGAGAUGGUUCUGUUAGAGAAUUAUAGUGCACUUAAUUACACAGGUCUAGUGAAGAUAAUAAAGAAACACGAUAAACGAACAGGCGCUCUACUUCGCUUGCCUUUUAUUCAAGAUGUGUUAAACCAGCCCUUUUUUGAAACUGAUGUGCUUAAUAGCCUUGUGAAGGAGUGUGAGGUGAUACUAAACAUAUUUUUCGCCAACAAUGACGAGCCUUCUUGUCAGUGUCCAUCAACUAGUGAAGAAACUGAGGAAGAUGGACGUGGCUCGAAUGUGAUUGAGGAUGAAAGUAAAGAGAAGCUUAUGCAGGCUCCUAACGAACUUGCUGAAAUUGAAAAUAUGGAGAAUGUGUUCAUCAAUCUAACUUUGUCAGCGUUGCGUACCUUGGAAGAAAUUCGGGGUAGAAGCUCAAUGCUUAUGUAUGCGGAGUUUUUACAGAAGCAAGAAAUGGAAACUAAAAGAUCAGGUAAAGCUCGUGGAAACAAAAGGAAAAGGUAG